AAGGAGUACUUCCGGUUCGGCAAUUUCCCCGGUAGCCGGCGGUGUUGCUGGGUCCUUUUGGGCCUUGUCGGAAGCUCCGCCUUCGCUCCGGUCUUUCUGGAACCCGCUGUUCGAUCUCGGUGGUGCGGGACAGCGUCCCGGGCGCGCGCGCGCGUGUGUCUCCCAUGGCUGAUACGACCCCAAACGGCCCCCAAGGGGCCGGCGCCGUGCAAUUCAUGAUGACCAAUAAACUGGACACCGCUAUGUGGCUUUCUCGUUUGUUCACAGUUUACUGCUCAGCUUUGUUUGUUUUGCCUCUUCUUGGGUUUCAUGAAGCAGCAAGCUUCUACCAGCGUGCGUUGCUGGCAAAUGCUCUUACCAGUGCCCUGCGGCUGCACCAAAGGUUACCGCACUUCCAGUUAAGCAGAGCAUUCCUGGCCCAGGCUCUGUUAGAGGACAGCUGCCACUAUCUGCUGUAUUCACUCAUCUUUGUCAAUUCCUCCCCCGUUACAAUGAGUAUUUUUCCAGUCUUGUUGUUCUCUUUGCUUCAUGCUGCCACGUACACAAAAAAGGUUCUUGAUGCAAAAGGUUCAAAUAGUUUACCUCUGUUGAGAUCUGUCUUGGAUAAAUUAAGUACUAAUCAACAGAAUAUUUUGAAAUUCAUUGCUUGUAAUGAAAUUUUCUUGAUGCCUGCUACAGUUUUUAUGCUUUUUAGUGGCCAAGGGAGUUUGCUGCAGCCAUUUAUAUACUACAGAUUUCUUACUCUUCGAUACUCCUCUAGAAGAAAUCCAUAUUGUCGGAACUUAUUUAAUGAACUGAGGAUUGUUGUUGAACACAUAAUAAUGAAACCUGCCUGUCCACUAUUCGUGAGAAGACUCUGUCUCCAGAGCAUUGCCUUCAUAAGCAGAUUGGCACCAACAGCUUGAAUUUUCGUAGACAGUUGCAGCAGUUCAGAUGCCUUUUGAAAGGAAUGUAAUUGAAGAUUGAGCAUAUGACUAUACUCGUGUCUGAUCUGAAAUAAUAAUGAAGAAUAUCCUGUAGAUUACAUAUUUAUCCAUCAAAUCUGAUUUGAAAGGUUAAAUGGAAAGGUUUAUAGGUAAGAUGAUUGGGAAUGGGGCCGGGAUAGUUAUAGGGGAAUAGUGUCUAUUUCAGGCUCAUAAUACAUAGAUAUAUUUGAGGGAAUUGGAUGUUUUAUGCAACUGUGAUUGGGUUGUAUAUUAUGUUAAAUUUUGUGUAUUGAGCUCCUGUCAACUCUAUAAAACUCAUUCUGAUCCUUAUUACUAUUGCAUGAUUGGAAAUGUUUAAAACACUGUACAAGUUUAGUACACUGUAAUGGUUUUUGUAACCAAUUUUCUUCUGUCCGCAUGUAAUUUGGAUUUAUCAAAUACAUUCACCAGUAACUUACAAAAAAAAAACAUCAAUUUUCUUCGAGUUCGGUAUAGAAAAGUGAUAUUCCUAGUUAAAUUACAGGAAAAAUUCUACUUGAUAGCUUAACUCUAAUGCUAUUUUUGUAUUUUGUAAUACUUGUCCACUAAGUUGGAGAAGCAACCUCCUAAUAUGCAGUUGAUUUUUUUAUGUAUUUGUGGCUAGCCUCCUUACCACUGUCUAUGUAAACUGAUGGUUUUGAAAACAACUUUCUAGAGCAAUAAAGUUGACUAUAAUAUUAAGUAAACAUGCUGAUUUCUAAUGUCUUAAAAUAGUGUCCUGAAUUAUGUCAAGAAAUUUUGGAAGCUGAAGGCAUAUUUAUUUCAAAGGAGCUUCUUUUUCCUAUAUAUAUAUUUUUUAAUCUUCAUUUUUAGAUUAAUAGAACAGUUUCAAAGAUAGUGCUGAAAGUUCCAUUAUACUCUUUACUCAGCUUCCUCUUAUGUUACAUCUUUUAUAACUGGCAAAAAUUCCAAGUUAGAAAUUAACCUUAGAUUAACUAAAGUACAAAAUUCAUUUGUAGUGUGCUUUGCUUUUACUUUAUCUUCUCAUAUUUAAAAGUCUGUGUGUCUUGAGUUUUUUCUUUCAUUUUAAAAAUUACUAUUAGUUAAAAACUUCACUAGAAGCAAUCCAUGUUGGUUUUAAUAAAAAUUUAAAAUUAAAAA